UCUUCAUCGUUGCAGCAAAUGGCACAGUCUACACCUGGGGAGGAGGCACGGAAGGUCAGCUAGGUCAUGGGUCAAAGGUCCUGUAUCUCCGUGAGCCACGGCCGCUAUCCCAUGAUGCAUUGCCAAGUGCUUCGCAGAUUGCUUGCGGUGACUCCUAUACAGCUGCGAUCACAUCCAAUGGUGCCCUCUAUAUGUGGGGUAAGAGUAGCCACGUGAUCCCCACCCAAGGCAAGCUGAACCCCUCCUCCCAGCACCCCACCCCUGUGCGAGUCUCUCUCUGGGGACAUGAUCCAGUGGCCAGGGUAGCCUGUGGGUCCUGGCACACAAUGGCAGUGGUGGGCGCACCAGAAUGGCACCCCCUUGAGGAGGAUUCGGAGGAGGAGCAUGAUCCAAAAGCCUUUGAGAGCAAAGAUACGGAUUCCUCAGUACCCAUGGAGUUUGAUGAAGGAAGAGACACACCUGCAGAAGAUGCUAACGGCAACAAUGGAUCCGUCUUUCAAAAGCACCAACAAACGGACAGCAUUGACAGUCAAGCAGAGUCAUCCAACAAGCGUACAAAUCCUGUGCAACGCGAAACCACAAAGCUGACCCUUGCGGAGUUCUACGCACCGACUCCACUCCCAACUAUCUCUCCACCUGAAGAAUACUCUGACGAGAUGGACUCGGAACAGGAUGAUGAGAAAACAAUGGAGGAAGAAGUGGAGCAUGAGGAGCAGGCCAUUCUUAAUACAGUAGAGACGGCGUUAGAAGCAGUAGAAUACCAGGGGGUGGAUGACAAAAUGGAUAAGGAAGGUGUGUCUGCUGGUGAACUGGAUGAAUCAGAACCUGUAAAAAACUCCAAUUCAGCAAGUUUCUUUGUGGAUUUAGGUGUUACCUCCGCCAUAAAAAGGACAACGAAGAAUGAAGGAGUGAUAAAGGAGAGGCCAAAGUUAGAUAAGGGAGACACCUCAACAAGGAGUAACCAGCGCCAGAGCCGGCCUCGCGAGUCAAAUAUGGUGAGGUCCAAGACAAUGCCAGUUGUGACUCGGAAACCCCUUAUGAUGGCCUCAGCCAGCACUACGACAGCAUUUGAUUGGAGUGAGCCUCCAAAGCCCUCCACCGAAACUGAGCCUGUGAGAGACAGAUUUGUGAUUCACAAGCAUGUGUCUGUCCAGAUGAAUCAAAAGGGUAAUGGUUCCGGCGACAGGGUGAAAGGGAGGAAACCAAUUGCACAAAUCGGACUACAGACUUCAGGAGAAGGCAAUGCCUCACUCAGUCGAUCCAAGGAAAGGAACGUCAUGCCCCAACCUCCCAAGUUUAACCGAGCAAAGACAUACUAUGGAAGAAUGAACCAGAAGAGACCCGAAGCAGAGCCAAAAUUGUCGCAGUUCUUGUCUUCGCUACCGCCGGCACCAUCCCAGACAUCCUCUGCUCUCACCAAGUUGCAGCCUCGUCGACGUCUAGACAAACCUGCAGGUCCAUCAGACCGUUCGCCUAUCAGGGGCAAGCAAAACUUGGAUCUUACCCCAACAGUGGAAGAGAUGAAGGGUCGACUGCCAGGAAAGCCAGUGUUUUCAUCUGCCUCUUCAUGGAGAAUGAGACACAAAGAGGAAGAUGGUUUAUAAGAGUCCACCAGAGCUUCUUUAUUUUGUCCUGACAGUCUUUUUUAUUCCGUCCUGAAAAGCCCUAGAGAUUCCCAGAAGCAUUUUAAAAUGUCCGAAAAAUUUCCUUGAAAAUUGUGCAAUCGUUUGUUUUGCAUUAUUACUUGCUUGUUGUGUGUUUUUCUCUGAUGUUAGAAAAGGUACUACCGGGGUUCAGAUAUGGUAUUAUUUCAUGUGGGUAAAAUAGAAGAGAGGUUUUUGUUCAUUAGAAAUAACAUAUAAUUGUUUUAGUCCUGGAAUAUGUUACCUCCUUGAGGGUUUAUAAGGUUGGGCAUUGAAGUAAGGAGUCAUAAAUGUUACAUUAGCUUUGCCGAUUAAACAUGGACAUCAAAAUGCUGUCUUAUAAACAGCAUUAGACAUGUUAUUAGGCAGUUACUUCACAUGGAGCAACAAGCUAAUUCAUACUUCUAAAUCCUUUUCAUUUUGAUGCUGAUCUUUCAAAAUGAAGUAUGCAUUUAUAUAAAGCCUUCUUAUAAGAUUAUGCUUUUAAAUUGAAUAGAGUACUUGUGGUGCUGUAACUUUUUUGUCUUAUGAGCCUUAUUCAUAAAUUUGCUGACAAAGGGUCUAUUUUUGUCAUGAGGAUUAUGUAAAGAAUACAUAAUAUAUUUUGAUAGUCACAUUAGAUUUUGCUUUACUUCACAACACAUUUGGACUUGUGGUCCUUAAAAUUUUAAGCACCAGAAAUGUUGAUCCGUCACAGGGUAACUUCAUAUUUUGGUUGGGGUUUUUGUGAUCUUCAAAAAUGUUGAUCUCAUUGGAUUCUUCAUGUAUAUUAGUCAGGCCAUCUUGCAGUUUUGAACUUUUUUUCGGAUCUUCAACAUUGGGAAUUGUGUGAACACAUCACUCCAUGUUAUGUUAGAAUGCAAACCUAUUUUGUCUGCUUUGUAUUCAUAAUUACAGCCCAGUUUUUAGAAUGUAAAUUAUUGUGUGUGUUAUUGAAUGCUAUAUAUGGCAAUACCAUGCCAAAUCGAACAAACUGCCUUGCAUUUAUGUGUGUGAAUUAAUAACAAGAAACGAACAAAUUUGAAAUCAAAUUUUCUAUAUAUUUUGGUAUAUUAGCUGUACAUUGUGUGAAAUUCCAACGAUUGUGUGUUAGAUUAAAGAAAUAAUCAAUCAAUGUAUUUGC